GCUUACUAUAAACUCCUCGAGAAGGAUAAGGUAGAGUUCAGAAUCAGUGACUCCCAGUUCUCAGUUCUUGGAGCUAUUUAUUGGCUGUGCAGAGGGGCCGGAAGAAGAGCCAGUAAGAAAGGAGAUUCCUCCCAUAACAGAGAAACAGUGCGGACCCCAAGCCUCAUUGUACCCGCCUCUUCUAAGACUCCGGCUGCCCCUCUCGGGUUCUCUGCUCCCUCUGGGCACAUGCUGAUGCCCCUGGGUGGGCUGCUGUGGUGGUGGUGCUGCUGCUGCUGUGGCUGGUACUGCUGUGGACUGUGCACUCCAGCCCCCCAAAUGUUGCGCCACCAGGGUCUCCUCAAGUGCCGCUGCCGCAUGCUCUUCAAUGACCUGAAGGUUUUCCUUUUGCGGCGCCCUCCUCCAGCGCCCCAGCCCAUGCACGGCGACCCUCAGCCCCCCAUUUUGGCGGCCAACAAUAACACCCUUCCGGCUCUGGGUGCCGGGGGGUGGGCAGGCUGGAGGGGCCCUCGAGAAGUGGUGGGCAGGGAGACCCCUCCUCUGCCACCUCCACCACCUUUGCCACCUUCUGUGGAAGAUGACUGGGGCGGCCCAGCCACGGAACCACCUGCCUCACUGCUCAGCAGUGCCUCUUCAGAUGACUUUUGUAAGGAGAAGGCUGAGGAUUGCUACUCACUGGGCAGCAGCCUGGACAGUGGUAUGAGGACUCCACUCUGCCGCAUCUGCUUCCAGGGACCGGAACAGGGGGAGCUGCUGAGCCCCUGCCGCUGCGACGGCUCGGUCAAGUGCACGCAUCAGCCUUGCCUCAUCAAGUGGAUCAGCGAGCGUGGCUGCUGGAGCUGCGAGCUGUGCUACUACAAGUACCACGUCAUCGCCAUAAGCACAAAGAAUCCUCUGCAGUGGCAGGCCAUCUCUCUGACAGUCAUCGAGAAGGUUCAGAUUGCAGCUGCCAUCUUGGGUUCCCUCUUCCUCAUCGCCAGUAUCUCUUGGCUCAUCUGGUCAACCUUCAGUCCCUCAGCAAAAUGGCAGCGCCAAGACCUCCUCUUCCAGAUCUGCUACGGGAUGUAUGGCUUCAUGGACGUGGUGUGCGUAGGUCUCAUCAUCCACGAGGGACCCUCUGUGUACCGCAUCUUUAAACGGUGGCAGGCUGUCAACCAGCAGUGGAAAGUGCUGAACUAUGACAAGGCAAAAGACCUGGAGGAACAGAAGUCAGGAGGCAGGACAAACCUCCGGACCUCCUCGUCCACCCAGGCCAAUAUUCCCUCGGAGGAGGAGGAGGCAGCUGGUACCCCUGCCCCCGAGGAAGGCCCCACCCGGGCUGCCAGCCACCCCUCAGACCCUCUGUCCCAUCACCACUGUGCUUACACCAUCCUGCACAUCCUGAGUCACUUGAGACCUCAAGAACCGCGGAGCCCCCAGGGCAGCAGCCGAGAGCUCGUCAUGAGAGUCACCACGGUGUGACAGGAGAGACCUGGAGAAAGGCCGAUAGCGUAUGCAGAAAGGCGGGACCAGGACAGGCCCGGGAGCAGGUGUGGGGAGGCAAGGCAGCUCCUGAGCCAGAGCAGACAGCAAGCAGAUGGUGGUGGGCCCCAAGGGGAGCCAGGGCAGGGUGGAGCUGGAGGAGGCUGGCAUCUGGAGCCAUUGAUGAAUUCCAGUCAGUCAGUAUCAUUUUCCAAUGGCAACAGCAACAAAAACCAGGACAAACUCAGUGACAAUGGGCCUGACAGGUGCAAUGAAACCUAGCAAAACAACCACCCAGAUGCACCCAUAUAAGCAAGACACCCAGGAGAGGCCGCGGGAGGGGCAAAGCCAGCACAGUGGGUGGUAGUGCCUGUGCGUGCACAGGCAGCAAAGAGAAAAGAAGCAACUGGGGGGAACAGUAUUUGAAGCCUGCUGUUUUCACACUGGAGUCUGUUUUUCUUUCUCCCUGGGUGGUGUUCCUGGGCAGUCGAGGGAGGUAUUGGAUCAGCUUGGACUGGUAGGGAAGACACACAGGCUGUGGAGCUCUGGCUCCUGCGGCUCUGAGCCUCUGGGCCCAAUUGAGAAGCAGAAUUCAGUAACUCAGAUGGCUUUUGGGAUUGUGGGGUGAUUGAUGCUGCGGGGGGAGCGGGGAGAUGUUGGUGCAGGUGGCCAGAGUGCAGUGUAUCUCCUCCUAUCAAAAGUUCCCCAGCUAGAACUCCCAAUUUCAGGUGGGUUUAAAGAAGGCAUGGGUUUGGAGAUUGGCAUUUUUCUGUGCCCUUGUUACUUUAUUUUAUGGUGAUUUGGAUCAAAAGAUGUUUACAGGACACAGACACACACACACACCUAGAAAAAAGUGUGGCUUUCCAGUGGCUGUGUAUCUCAAGCACAGUGCUGCUUCUGUGGCCUCAGCUGUUAAAGUUGUCAGUCCAGGAGUAACUUUUCCAACUCUUCAGCCCCACCCAUGGCAGGGACAGCUCAGUGCUAUGCCCCUUGGAUCGGGCAUGGACCCAGACCCCCACACAGGGCCCCUCCACGGCCAAUCCCUGGGUCUCCCAGGAGGGCUGCUGCAGUGUUGACGGAAGCUGGCCGAUGAGCCCCAAGGAGUGGAGUGGAGACCCGUCUAAGUAUUCCUCACUGCUUGGCACCCUCCAAAGAAGCAGGUUGGUCACUGCUCAGUACUCCGUGCUCCCGGUCGGCCCUUCCUGCGCAGCCAGGCAGGUCCGGGGGUCCUAGCCGGGAGCACUGGUUUUGGACCCCACGUGCUUGUUCCUGCUGGGGAAGGCCACGGGGUGGCCACCUGAAGUUUCUUGUCAUUGCAUAGUGGCCGUGUCAUUCUUGGGUGUUACAGGGACACUGUCAAGUACUUUUUUAAACUAGUUUUUAGGGUUUUUUAAAACUCCCUGUUGUUUGUAAUAUUCUCUUAAAAGCUUGAAAAUAAAAGCUC